AUGCAUAGGGUACAGUCCAUGGAGUCCACAGCCACUACCUCGCCCUCUUCCUCACGCAUUGUCAAUCCCACCAACUUCAGAGUAAUCAUCGUCGGUGGCUCUAUUGCAGGCCUGACCCUCGCGCACUGCCUCUCGAAACUAGGCGUUGACUAUGUCGUCCUAGAAAAAAGGCAGCAGAUCGCUCCCCAAGAGGGCGCCUCAAUUGGCAUAUUACCUCACGGCGGACGAAUCUUAGACCAAUUGGGGCUGUUUGAUGAGAUUGAGAGGGAUGUCGAACCGUUGACCACGGCUCAUAUUUCAUAUCCCGAUGGCUUCACUCAUACGAAUCAGUCGCCAAAUGUAAUCCUUGAACGAUUUGGAUUGCCGCUGGCGUUUUUGGAGCGGCGCAGGCUGCUCAAAAUCUUGUAUUGGUCUCUACCUGAUACUUCCCGCGUACAUGUUGGGAAGGCUGUGGUAUCUGUAGACCAUAUCUGGGGAGAUAGCAUUAUGUCUGUACGGACUCGAGAUGGAUCCACCUUUUAUGGUGACCUUGUCGUCGGAGCGGAUGGCGUGCACAGUAAAGUACGUCGUGAGAUGUGGCGACUUGCUGAAUUAGACCUUCCCGGUCAUAUAACUGAGAAGGAGAAAGAUGGCAUGACGGUCGACUACGCCUGUGUCUUUGGCAUAUCACAUUCAGUCCCCGACCUCUACCCUGGGGAGCAAGUGGCGAGCUUGCACAAUGGAAGGUCAUUCCUCAUAUUCCCGGGUAAAGAUGGUCGGGUGUUUUGGUUCCUUCUCAAGAAGCUCGACAGGCGAUACCGGUAUAAGUCUGCCCCGCGAUGGACCUCAGCUGAUAUUGUCACAAUAGCGGAAAGCUUCACUUCAGAUCAUAUCUGGAAUGGAGUUGAGUUUGGCAGUCUCUGGGAGCGAAGAGAAGUCGCUGGUAUAACAAACCUUGAAGAAAACGUCUUUUCAACAUGGCAAUGGGGCCGGAUUGUCUGCAUUGGCGAUUCUGUGCACAAGAUGGCACCCAAUACAGGGCAAGGAGCAAACUGCGCCAUUGAGGACGCUGCGGCACUUGCCAACGCAAUCCACAGUGCCCUCGAACACGAUAACCACCCUUCCAUGGCAGAAGUCCAAUCUUUUCUCCGUUCGUUUAACGAAGCCCGGCUCCCCAGAGUGCGAGAAAUCUACAAGUCCGCCUCAGUGGUCGUCCGUAUGCAUGCGCGCCAGAACUUGGCCUUGAGACUUGUUGGUCGGUACUACUUGCCGUAUUCCGGUGACGUGCCAGCAAACACAGCAUCGAAGCUGAUUGCAGACGGGGUCCAACUAUCUUUUUUGGCCCCAUCGUUGCAUUCAGGGCCUGGGUGGGAGGAGUAUAGCAUGGAAAAGCGCAUGGCCAAGAAGCCAGUGCUCUGUGCUGGGUUGGCAAUUCUUGGCCUUGUUGUAUUUUUGUUUCUGUUAUUCAGAGCACGGACUAGAUUCUCCUCGUUCUGA